CCUGGAUUCUAGUAGUUAGAGAAUUUUCUUCUUGAUUACUUACUAUUCGGAAACUAUCUAAAUCUUGCAUGUCCUUUUUUUUCUUCUAUUCUGAUUGCAAUUCUUAAACACUAAUUUACUAUUUCACAAUUGUCCAAUUACAUUUCUUUACCUAAUAUUUACCUAAUUACAUUUCGCACUGAUUUAUUGCUAAACUUUACGCUCAUUUAUUCAAAGUUUCUAUUCAGGUUCCAAAACUCAAAUGUCCUCUUGCGUUCUUCUUGCAGUCCUUGAACCUUUUUCGACGACCAUGUUUCUCAACGACCACCCGAAGUUCAUGCUGCAGAUGGCGGCCAACUACAGCGUUCACGGAACGAAGCGGUUGGCAUGUCGCAUCUAGAGGGCCCGGUGAAUAACUCCGCUCCCGACAGGCCUUUGUGCCUGUUGGUGGGCGCCAGUGCAUCCUGCUCUUCCUCAUCGCGAUGGCGAACCUUGGAAGCCCCGCGGGCUUGGGUCGGCGACGCCACUCGUUCGACCCCGGUCUCCUGUCGGGCUACGGGCACGGCUCCGUCCAGGGUACAAUCGUCUUCGAAUUUUGCAGAAACGGAAACCACAACGACCACUGAAAGAACGGGUUUACUCAGCUGCAAAAACGAUGAAGGGCAACAGGAAAUAAAACAGAAAAUCAACAUAAAGCUUCAGAGCAGACGAAGAUCUCUUCACUUCCGCCGCGCCCGCCAAGCACGUGCGGAGGAGAAGUUUUCUGUCGCUGGAGGAGAGGGUGAAAAUGGACACAACGUCGAAAACGGAAAUCCAUCGUCAUCAACUUCUUCCAGUCGAACUCGAAGCGCCUGUUGCAGCAGGAUAAGAGAAGGAAAUCAUGCUGAUAAAAAUAGUUGUUCUUCACAGUUCGCCAACAGCAGACGAACAGAAGAUGAUAUCUUGUCGCACAGUAGUUCUUGUACGCGUACGGGAGCAACUACUACAACUAGCAGCAAGUCGUCCUCCGCAAGGAGAACGGAGCAGACGGCUGGUGGUGCUUCCUACGACCUGCCUUGGGGCGCCACACCCUUGGUAGCGUCGUGUUUGACGAUUAUGUCCUACUUGCGCCUGUUCGUCGAGGUGUUGCUGCGCUUUCUGUCCAGGAAGAAACGGAGAAGAAGGAGACCGCGAGGCAUCGAGCAGUUUUUAUCUCUUCCCACGUCCUCUUCCAGAACAGAAUCCCGCAGUACUAGGAAUAAAACCUCAACAACACUAGUAUCAGUGCCUUCUCUAGAAAGUAAAAGUUGUUGCUUCUCGCAGCAACCACCAGAAGCAAGAUAUAUCAAGACCAGCAAGCUGGCACGUCGCACGAGCACUUCAUCAAGAAGUUGUGCAGCUGCCGACGUAGUAGACGAAGCGGAAGUCGCGGGGAAUAAUUGCACUUCUAGCCAAACCUACGACUACGCGUGUGAUCCCGAGGCGCUGGCGCUUCUCGCAGACUACACGCGCAGCGCGGAAGAGCCCGCGUGGUGCGGCAGUUGGAACAACUUCCGGAUUCUACCGGAGAGGUUCAUGAUCUCGUGUCCUCCUCGGCGAAAGAGCAGUCUGACCGAACAGUCGACAACAUCAUGGACAGCCGCAGCAAGACAUUUCUGCUCCGGAACAAGCUCCACGUUGUUCACAAGCCCCGAGGGAACCCCGAGCAGCAAGACGCCACUCUUGCACAGCCUCGGGCGGCUGUUUUUGUUCUUUUUGAUGCUGUUCAUCACGACGGACGGUUUCGUGCAGGUGAGCAAGAACGGUCAGAUUUCCCUGUUGGGUCCGAUCAACAUCGACCCGCAGUGCGAGGACAACAACCCGCAGAACUGCUUCAGUCCGCAGAUCCGUUUCCGGAACAACGGAACCAUCCAGUGGGUCGCGACCACGUUCGACUUCUACACGAACUCACUCGUGAACAACGGAAACACGGACUUCCUGCUGAUGACAGGCACCCAGUUUUCCGACUGGUUGCUGAGCGACAAGAAUCCGCAGGCCCCCGGCGGCUGGCUGGAGUACGGCAGCGAGGGCCGCGGCACCUUUCUGAUCACCAGCGACCGGAAGGUGUACCUGAACACCACUUUGUCCGUGUUCAAGGCGGUGGAGAUGGGCAGCAGUUUGUCUGUGCGCGGCUUCGUCAAGAUGGACAAGCGCCUGUCCGUGGACGACAAGACCUACUUUGGCGCGGAACUUUUCAUCGGCGACCCGUCGAAGUCCGGCUCUCGGUCGCAGACCAGGUUCGGGCGCGGUAACCCGGCCGGGUUUCCGCCCGUUUUGAAGAUAGACACGCAGCCGGACUCGCCGAACCGGUACAAAACCAGUAUCGCGGACCAGGCGAUCUUCGGCGACUCGCUGGACAUAAGGAACAGCACGAACCUGGGGAGCUGUCUUUCCGUGCAGUCGUUCGCACGGCUGUACAACACGCUCUCCGUGAACAGCUACGUGCGGAUCGGGCAGUACCUGUCCGUGAAGUCCUACACGCGCAUCGGGUCCACGCUCUCCGUGUACAGCCUCGUGCGGAUCGGGUCGCACAGCGGUGCGACCUUUUCCAUUGGCGGGGUGCACUCGAUUUGGGGCUCCGCGACCUUCGGGUCCUCUUUAUCGAUCCGGAGGGCGAUGAAGCUCGGCGGACGGUCCAAGGAAGCGGGCAGUCUGCGGUGCGCGCUGUCGCUGUUCGGGCAGAUGCGGUACGGGCGGAAGAUGUUUUCCGUCGCGGACUUCACGCUGCUAGGCUCGAUGUUGUCGUUGCGAAGCUACGCGCGCCUUGGAUCCAGCAUCUCGCUGUACGGGAUGGCGCGGCUCGGAUCCAGUUUUUCCGUGCUCGAUCUGGGGCAUCUGGGUUCGAGUUUCUCGCUGACGUCAUUCGCACGGUGCGCCAGUUCGUUCUCCGUCUUCGGCGUGGCAAGACUGGGUUCCGCGAUGUCGUUACUGGACUUCAUCAGCUUGGGGACCGGAAUUUCCGUGCGCGGAUUCGGGCGUUUGGGAAGUAGUCUGUCGGUCUUCGGGAUUGCGAAGGUGGCCUCCGCCUUCUCGCUGCUCGAUUUCUCCAGCUACAGCAGCACCCUGUCGAUCCGGAAGUUCAGCCGGCUCGGGUCUAGCUUUUCCGUCUACGGCAUGAUACGGAUCGGGAGUUCGUUGUCGGCCCUGGACUUCGUGUCCCUGGGCAGCUCGCUCUCCUGCCGGACCAUCGCGUGCUGCGGUUCCGCGCUAUCUGUGUACGGAAUUUCCAAGCUGGGUUCCAGUUUGUCGGUGCUCGACAUGGUCACCAUAGGCUCUGCGAUGAGCGUCCGGUGUUUCGCGAGGUUAGGUUCAAGCUUAUCGCUCUUCGGGCUCGCCAGACUCGGGUCGACCCUGUCCAUCCUGGACAGCGUGCAUAUUGGGUCCGCCAUCUCAAUACGGACGUACGCGCGACUAGGCAGUAGCUUGUCGUUGUUCGGAAUCUCCAGAAUCGGGAGCUCGUUAUCCAUUCUGGACGUUUUGAACGUAGGCAGUGCGAUGUCGGUCCGUACCUUAUUCCGGAUGGGAAGCGCCUUCUCCGUGUACGGCGUGUCAAGACUAGCCAGUGGACUCAGUCUCCUAGACUGCCUGCACAUCGGGUCGGCGUUGAGCGUGCGAAAUUUCGCCAGGUUAGGCAGUGCCACGAGCGUGUUCGGUAUCACGAGACUAGCGAGUACGUUGAGCUUACUGGACUUCAUGACGAUGGGCAGCAGCUACUCUCUCCGGACCUGCUUGCGACUAGGCUCCGCGACUAGCGUGUACGGUAUGAUGCGACUGGGGUCGAUCUUCUCGAUCCUGGACUUCGUGUCGCUCGCGUCCAGCUUCUCCCUCCGGAACCUGGCGCGGUUUGGUAGUUCCCUCUCCGUAUACGGUUGCAGCAGACUCGGAUCCGGGCUGUCGGUGCUCGAUUUUGUGCACGUCGGCUCCGCCAUGUCCAUCCGCAAGUUCGCCAGGCUAGGGUCGAGUUACAGCGUCUUCGGCAUCCUGAAGUGCGGGUCGAACCUGUCGAUUCUGGAUUUCGUCACGGUCGGAUCCGCGAUCUCGCUGCGAACGAUGAGCCGACUGGGAAGCAGUCUGUCGGUGUAUGGCUUAAGCAAGUUUGGCAGCAGCCUUUCGGCGCUAGACAUGCUGAACCUCGGCAGCGCUCUGUCGUUGAGGACCUUUGCACGCUUCGGGAGUAACUUCUCGGUGCUGAGCAGUUGGUGGAUGGGCAGCAACUUGAGCGUCGCGGACUUCGUCGUGUUCGGCAGCAGCUUAUCACAGUGAAAAAUGCCCCCCACCCCUGAAAUUGCAAGAAUUUGUGAUGCGAAGUUUCCAAAUGAAAGCUUUGUUUUUGUCAUGCAUGAAAGGAGUACGAAUCUUUCUGAUGCAGAUUCUAGUCGUGUUUCGCAUCGCUUGCAUGACAAGCACCGCUCUUGCUGGGAUCUAUUGCAAUACAAAUUUUUGCUAUUCACGAUAAGAAAUCUGUGAUGCUGAUACCCCACUUGGGUCUGUGCAACAUCGUAUUUUUUCCUUAGCGGCUGGUGCUGGACGAUAAGGCGAGUUGCCAAGUAGCGGUGAGCAUGCACCCACGGUGCGCUACUUGUGGACCACAACUCGUUUUAUGUGAGCACCCCUUCCUGACCCCCAGGCGUUUCUUUUUACCAUUGGUCUGGUAAUCCUGUUCUCGGUCUGUUGGGGACCCCGUGUGGCUGUAGUCCGCUCUCCCAUGCCGCUUGCCGUAGGUUCGUAUCGUUCGUCUGUUAGGUCGUAUUUACGUGGAACUUCGUGCGAUUGCUCUCGGCCCUGUAUUUCUUUUCUCUAGCCUCAUACUUAUCUUUUCGAUUACUUAUUUCCUUCUCUCUGAUAUUUUGCUUGUUGUUUUCUGUGUACUUACGUAAAGUUUUAUUGGUUUACGUAACCGGGGGGCGGCUUGAUGUCUGCGGCGGAUGAUGACAGUGUGCACAUUCCUACAAAUACAUGGCUGCCGGGGUGCUUCCCGGUUGGUCUAGUGUCGAAAAUUCAUUUUGGCACUGAUCCGCUAAACACCUUGCUGCCAACCCCGCCCGCUCGGGGAGUAAUUAUCUCUAGACAGGGCACCAUCUGCGGUUGUCCUUUAGGGCGUUCGAGUCUAGAUAGUGACUACCAUGCGUAAAUCUUCAAUUUUGCGUGGGCUCCUGGUGGCUGCUUCCACCGUCGGGGAGUAUAAACACACUAAACAUAAGCCAUUGACCACUGGGUCGCCGUGGUGCCGUGCCUGCAUGCACCAUCAGAAGUGCAACGAGGUGCCAAUCGUGUUUCCACAUGUGCCAUCAGAAGUGCAUCGAUUCGCGAGGGUCGUGAAUGAAUGAAUGAAUACUUUUUAUUGGUUUUAGUAGGGCAUGAUGCCAAAAGGGACGAACAGCCCGUAGACCUCCGAUGUGAUGCUGAUACACGCAAGAGGGCGAAUGUUUCUGUUGGAAAGGUUUGCAAUACAAAUGCUCCCAAGUUCGGGGGUGGGGGCGUUUUUCAUUGUGAUACAGCUACUCGAUCCGCAGCUUCUCGCGGUUUGGGUCCAGUAUGAGCGUCUACGGAAUCUCGAGGCUGGGCUCCACGCUGUCCGUGCUGGACGGCGUCUUCUUCGGAAGUUCGCUGUCUCUGCGCGGGUUCGUGCGCAUCGGUAGCUCCACGAGUCUAUACGGGAUCGGAAGGAUAGGCAGCGCGAUAAGCGUCCUGGAUCGGCUGUACUUCGGCUCCGCAGUGUCCAUCCGGAACUACGCGCGACUCGGAUCCACCAUGUCCAUCUACGGCCUGGCGCGCAUCGGCUCGGCCAUGAGCGUGCUGGAUUUCACGUCGAUGGGCAGUAGCUUGUCACUGCGGUCGAUCUGCCGGCUGGGCAGCAGCAUCUCCGUGUUCGGGCUAACCCGGUUGGCGUCGACGAUCUCCAUUCUGGACGCCAGCAGCUUUGGCUCGUCGCUGUCUCUGCGAUCUUUCCUGAGGCUUGCGUCGAACUUUAGCGUGUACGGAAUGGGAUAUCUCGGAAGUUGCAUGUCGACCAUCGACUACUGCCACCUGGGAUCGUCCAUGUCGCUGCGGGGGUUUAGCAGAAUCGCCGGCUCGAGCUCGGUGUACGGCAUGGGGCGCGUCGGGUUGUCGAUGUCCAUCCUGGACACCGUCGGUGCCGGCUCCAUGCUGUCGCUCCGCAACUUCGCCCGGUACAGCAGCACCCUCAGUCUGUACGGAUUCACCAAGCUAGGCUCGUCUCUUUCCGUCCUGGACUACGUGAAGUGCGGGAGUACGUUGUCCUUGCGCAACUUCCUGAGAACCGGUAGCUCGAUGUCCGUCUACGGUGCGUUCCUGCUCAGCUCUUCGCUUUCCGUGCUGGACUACGUCACGCUCAGCUCGUCGCUGACCAUCCGCGGUUUCGGCCGCUUUGGCGACAGGCUUAGCGUGUACGGCAUGACGAAGUUGGGUAGUUCGCUCUCCAUUUGGGACUGCAUGCUGGCCGGAAGCAGUCUGAGUCUGCGCAGCUACAGCCGAUUAGGAUCGGUGCUGAGUCUCUACAGCUGCGGCCGGUUGGGAUCCUUCAUGUCGGUUUUGGAUUUUGUCCACAUCGGCUCCUCGCUGUCAGUCCGCUCGUUCACGCGACUGGGCUACGAAAUCGCGGAUUUCGCCGAGGAAUUCGAGGAGUACGAAAUGGUGGAGGAGGACAUCUUAAACAGCCUGUACGGCAACGGAACGGACAUGAACAGCACGAACUCGACGGACGACAACUCGACCAACUACGUGAACCAGUCGAGCUCCUACAUCGUGGUGAAUCGCGACCGAAGGAAGAUGAGCCGCACCUUCAGCCUGUACGGGGUGAGUAGAUUAGGCUCCUCCCUCAGUCUGCUCGACUUCGUCUCGCUCUCGUCCAGCAGCAGUUUGCGAUCUUUAGUUCGCAUGGGAAGCGCGUUGUCGAUCUACGGCAUCACACGAAUCGCGAGCAGCUUCUCCAUGUUGGACUUCAUCGCACUGGGGUCGAAUUUGUCCUGCAGGGGGUACAUGAGGUUAUAUCCAACAAAAAAACUGUGUUAGUGUAACUAUCUUUGGCUGGCAGCUUCACAAAUUUGCUCUACAUGACAGAGAAAAUCUGUCAUGCAUGGUUUGUAAGGGAAAACACACAUGAAAAGAGGACUUCAUGGGUGUCUGGCAUGACAGGUGUAACUCUGUUGCAUGUUCUGCAUUACAGAGUUACACUUACACAGUUUUUUUCUUGGAUAGGUCAGGCUCCAGCUGCAGUGUGUACGGGAUGACGCGGUUCGGAAGUUUAUCCUGUGUAAAAACGUCCCCACCCCAGAGUUGUCAUGCAAAUCUGCAUGCCAAAAAAGUUUCUCAUGUGGAGCCCCAUGAGAAGCAUUUUCUAGUCGUGUUUUGGAAUUUGUGAUGCUAUAAUCAGCAUGAUAUGCUAGAUCUGUGAUGCUUCUGAACUACCUCGACAGGAUUGCACUACGAGGACAAACUUGUCAUGCGAAACAACCAAAGCUGGCUAAUUUGUCUAGCAGAUUCCCCAUCUUGACUCUGCUGUGGGGACGUUUUUACACAGGAUAAAGUUCGUGCAGUCUGCUGGACACCAUCGGCCUGUCGAGUUCUCUCUCCCUGCGGUACUUUUCGCGGUUGGGGAGCAGCGUCUCGAUUUUCGGGCUUCUGAGGAUGGCGAGCUCCAUGUCCUUGCUGGACUUCUGCUCGAUGGGAAGCGCUUUAUCCCUGCGGUCCUACGCGCGGCUGGGAAGUUCCAUGUCGGUGUACGGGAUCACGUUCUUCGGGUCUUCUGCAUCUUUAUUGGACUUUUUCAGCUUGGGUUCGUCCGUGUCACUGCGAAACCUCGGUCGCCUUGCCUCGGGCUGCAGCGUCUAUGGCAUAAGUAGACUCGGAUCCGUGAUGAGCAUUCUGGACGGGUUGUCGCUCGGCAGCUCGCUUUCUGUGCGCGGCUUCACGCGGAUGGGAAUCGCACUGUCGAUCUAUGGGAUGAGCCGACUGGGCAGCGUGAUGAGCGUGAACGAGUACGCGUUCUUCGGCAGUUCGUUUUCAUUACGCAGCUACAGCCGGCUCGGUUCCGGCGUCUCCGUCUACGGUUUCGCCAGGCUGGGGAGCAACAUGUCCGUUUUGGAUUGGGUGCACGCGAGCUCGACGCUGUCACUGCGCAGCUUCAACCGGUUCGGCUCCAGCAUGAGCGUGUUCGGGCUGGCCCGGUUCGGAUCCAGCCUGUCGCUGCUGGACAACUUCCAGCUCGGCAGCUCGCUGUCGGUCCGGACGUUCGCCCGGUUCGGAAGUUCGCUGUCCGUGUAUGGAGUGUCAAAAUUUGGGUCCAGUUUAUCAACGCUCGACUUCUUCAACAUGGGGAUCCAGAUGAGCGUGAGGAACCUGGUGCGGUCCGGUUGCGCGUCCAGCAGUCUGUUCGGAAUUUGCCGCAUGGGGAGCUUCAUGUCGAUUUUGGACUUCAUGAGCAUAGGAUCCUCCCUUUCCGUGCGCUACAUGCUCAGGUUCGGCACGAGCCUGUCCGUCUACGGCAUGACCCGGUUUGGCUCCUGCAUGUCCGCGUUGGACUACAUGCACCUGGGAAGCUCCUUCUCGACGAGAAGUUUUGUCCGACUGGGCUCCGUAUGAAAUGCAAAAGGUCUGGGUCUGGAUGAGCGGCACACAACUGCGUUUUUACAAAAUGUUUUGGAAAUAUUUUGAAAAUAUUGUGAAAAUAUUCCGAAAAUAUUUUGAAAAUAGAAAAAAUAUUUUGAAAAUAUUUCCAACAUAUUUUGAACAUACUUCGAAAAUAUUUUGAACAUAUUUUGAAAAUAUUUUGGCAAUAUUUUGAAAAUAGUUUUCCAUGAUGUGGAUGUUCGAAAGGAAAGUGAGUGCCUUGCGCCGCUCAUCCAGACCCAGGCAUAUUUGCAUUGGAUACUCCGCGAUGUCGUUGUACAAAACGAUGGAAAUCGGUAGGAACUUCUCGGUCCUGGACUACACCCAUCUCGGCUCGGCCUUCAGUAUUCGGUCCUGCGCGAGACUAGGGUCGGCGCUCUCGGUCUACGGCAUGACAAGACUAGGCACGGCGAUGUCGACACUGGAUUACUGCUGCCUCGGCUCCUCAAUGAGCUUGCGCGCACUCGUCCGCCUGGGAUCCGCGAUGAGCAUCUAUGGCAUGGCGAGACUAGGCAGCGGAAUGUCGGUCUUGGACCAGCUGUCCAUCGGGUCGAGUUUGUCGCUCCGGACCUUCCUCCGACUGGGUAGUGGUGGCGGAUUUUCCGUGUACGGGAUGGCCCGCUUCGGCAGUGCGUUGUCGAUGCUGUGCUGCACCUACAUCGGAAGUUCCAUUUCCGUCAGGAAUUUCGCCAGAGCGGGCGGGAUCGUUUCCUCCGUGUAUGGGAUCACGCGCCUGGGCAGCUGCAUGUCGAUUUUGGAUUUCGCUUGCCACGGAUCAACCUUGUCCUUUCGCGGAUUCAGCCGACUCGGAAGCAGCUUGUCGGUCUUCGGAGUCAGCACCUUGGGGAGCAGCAUGUCGUUGUUGGAUCUGGCGCACAUCGGGUCCUCUUUGUCGCUGCGGGGGUACAAGAGGAUAGGCAGCUCGUGUUCCAUGUUUGGGCUGACCUAUCUCGGCUCGCAGGUGUCCAUGUUAGACAUGUUCCAGCUCGGGUCCAGCCUGUCGAUCCGCGGGUUUCUGCGGUGCGGCAGCAGCAUCUCUGUCUACGGAAUUGCGCGCUUCGGCAGUAUGCUGUCUGUUUUGGACAUGAGCAUUAUGAGCUCCUCGAUGUCGGUGCGGAACAUUAGCCGCCUCGGGUCCGGUUGCAGUGUGUACGGUUUGGCAAAGCUCGGCAGCUGCCUUUCCGUGUUGGAUUGGCUGAGCAUAGGUUCCAGCUUGUCCAUGCGGUCCUUCGCCCGCAUGGGAAGCGCGAUGUCCGUGCACAAGGGCGUGGUGAUGCGCGCGCCGGACAGAACGCACCUGGUCAGCGUCUACGGGAUGGUGUUCAUGGGUUCAUCCAUGAGCAUGCGCAGCUACACCAGACUCGGCUCGUCCAUCUCGAUCUUCGGGAUUGUGCGCCUGGGGUCCGCGCAGUCGGUGCUGGACGCGGUGGCGAUCGGUUCCUCCCUGUCAGUCCGGUCCUUCUCCCGCCUGGGCUCAUCGCUGUCCAUCUUCGGAUGCGGACAUUUGGGGUCAGGAAUCUCGAUGCUCGACUUCGCACACCUAGGUUCCGCACUCUCCAUCCGGGACUACGUGCGCGCGUUCGCCACCUCCGCCUACAGCUACGUGAAGCUGGCGUCGAGUUUGUCACUGCGCGGCCACGCGAGGAUCGGAGUGACGCUGAGUCUGUUCAGCCAGUGCCAGCAGGGAAAAGCCAUGUCGCUACUCGGGUGCAGUAACCUCGGUUCCAGCUUGAGUUUGCGGACGUUUUCCCGGAUCGGAUCCACUUUCUCCAUCUACGGGCUGGCAAGAUGUGGGAGUGCAAUUUCCAUGCUGGAUUUCACGGUCGUGAGCAGCAGCGUGUCUUUGAGGACGUUUGCGCGGUACGGCUCGACGAUUUCUGUCUACGGGUUCAGUCGACUCUCGUCCAGUCUGUCCUUGCUCGACAUUGCGCAGUUGAACAUCGGAAUUUCGCUGCGAAGCGUGACGAGGUUCGGCUCCAGCUUGUCCGCCUACGGUAUGACGCGGUUCGGUUCGGGGGUCAGUCUUUUGGACCUGAUCCACAUCGGAAGCGCGUUCUCCGUUCGCGGCCUCGUCCGACUGGGAAGUUCGAUGUCGCUGUAUGGGCUGAACCGCAUGAAAUCCAGCUUCUCGAUCGUGGACUUCGUCAGGAUAGGCUCCAGUUGCAGCAUGCGCGCCCUCGCGCGCCUCGGCUCCGCGCUUUCCGUGUUCGGCAUCUCGAGAUUGGGAUCGGCGAUCUCUGUGCUCGACUUCGCGUCGAUCGGCAGCUCGUUCAGCAUGCGGAGUUUCGGGCGAUUCGGCUCCAGUUUGAGUCUGUACGGCUGCGCGCAGAUCCAGCACAGCAUGUCCGCCCUGGAUUACAUGCACCUCGGGUCGGCGCUGUCCGUCCGGAGCUUCAUGCGCAUCGGGUCCACGACGAGCAUCUACAGCACGGUGCGUUUUGGCUCCGCGGUGUCCCAGCUGGACUUUAUCACGCUGGGUUCUGCUUACAGUCUGCGCAGCUUCGCGAUCUUGAUGACCAACAUGAGCGUCUAUGGCCUGUCGAAGAUGGGAUCGUCGCUUUCCGCGCUCGACAUGCUGUCGCUGGGGUCCGCCUUGAGUCUCAGGUCGUUGUCCCGGUUCGGCGUCGGUAUUUCGGUGUACGGGAUUUCGCGGCUGUCGUCCUCGUUCAGUUUGAUGGACUGCCUCAACCUGGGUUCGACGUUCUCCGUCCGAGCGCUCUCGCGCAUGGGCGUAGACCUGUCGUGCUACGGGGUCCAGACGCUCGGUUCCAGCUUGUCCCUGCUUGACUACAUGUCCUUGGGGUCGACGCUUUCCUGUCGCUUCCUCGCGAGGUCGGGAUCAAGUGUGUCCAUCUACGGAUUUGCGAAACUGGGAUCUAGUAUGUCCAUCCUGGAUUACGUGCAGGUUGGUUCCAGUCUGUCCUGCCGCGUGUUGGGCAGAAUGGGAUCUGCCCUGUCCGUGUUCGGGUUGAUGCGGCUGGGGAGCAGUUUCUCCGUGCUCGACUCUGUCAGUCUGGGCAGCGCGUUCUCAGUGCGGUCCUUCAGCCGGUUGGGUAGCAGUAUGAGUGUGUUCGGCAUUUCAAGAUCCGCGUCCAGCCUUUCCAUCCUGGAUUUCACGCUGAUCGGGUCGAUGGCCAGUUUGCGCAGCUUCGCCCGCUUAGGCUCGACGCUCUCCGUCUACGGGUGCAGCAAGAUCGGCUCUGCGUUCUCCAUCCUCGACACCCUGCAGCUCGGCUCGAACCUGAGCACGCGGAGUUUCGCCCGAAUGGGAUCGUCCUUGAGCUUAUACGGGAUUGGCACCACGGGCGCACUGCUAUCUGUGCUCGACUACAUCUCAUGCGGCAGCGCCACCUCGCUGCGAAGCUUCGCCAUGUUCGGCAGCUCUUGCAGUCUGUACGGGACCGCGAGACUAGGGAUCCAGACCAGCGUGCUGGACUUCACCGGGAUGAAUUCCGCAUUGUCGAUCCGGUCGUAUUGCCGGUUCGGCUCCAGCAUGUCGCUGUACGGAUUUGGCCGUCUGGGAUCCAGUCUGUCGAUUCUCGACCUGUUUCACGUCCGCUCGAGUCUCUCGCUUCGUUCCUUCGCCCGCCUCGGAUCCAGUCUGAGCUUGUACGGGUGCAGUUACUGCGGAAGCACGCUGUCCAUCCUCGACUGCUUCAAUCUAGGGAGCAGUUUAUCCCUCCGGAAUUUCUGCCGCCUGGGAUCGAGCAUCUCCCUCUACGGAGUGAGCGGGCUGGGUUCCGGCAUGUCGUGCCUGGACCUCUGCUUCCUAGGAUCAUCGCUCUCUUUAAGGACGUUCUCGCGGUUCCCCGCGAGGAUGGAGCUGUUCGGGGUGAACCGACUGGGAUCGGCCGUCUCCGUACUCAGCUUUCUCUCGCUCGGCUCGACCUUCUCCGUCAGAAGCAUGAUGCGCCUCGGUAGUGGGCUCUCCAUCUACGGGACGCAGUACCUCGGCUCUAGCGCCUCGGUCCUCGACUGCAUGUCUCUGGGCAGUACCAUGUCGGUGCGCUCACUAUUCCGGAUGGGCAGCUCCAUGUCGCUGUUCGGGCUGCUGCGGCUCGGCUCCAGCUUGUCGCUGGUAGACACGAUCAUGUGCGCGAGCAGCAUCAGCUUGCGAACGCUCUCCAGGUUGGGUAGCUCGUUCAGUAUCUUCGGGCUGGUGUCUUUAGGUUCCAGCUUGUCGAUUCUGGAUUCGGUCUACUUUUCCAGCACUCUGUCAGUGCGUGGUCUCAGCCGACUUGGAAGCAGCAUGAGCGUUUAUGGAAUCAGCCGCGUGGCCUCCUCCUGCAGCCUGCUCGACGCGUUUUCCCUCGGCUCUGCGCUGUCCUGCCGCACGUUCGCACGCAUGGGGUCCGCCAACAGUCUCUACGGCUACGGAAGACUGAGUUCCGCCUGCAGCGUUUUGGACUUCGUGAACGUCGGGUCGUCUCUGUCUUGCCGCACACUGGCCAGGCUGUCGUCUUCCAUUUCCUUGUACGGGAUCGGGAAAUUCGGCGGGGCUUUGUCCAUUCUGGACACGGUUUCUCUUGGGUCGACGAUGUCUAUGCGCAGCAUCAGCCGCAUCGGCUCCGCGGUAAGUGUCUACGGGCUCGCGACCCUCGGCGGCGGAUUGUCGAUCCUCGACCAGAUGUCGCUCGGCAGUAGCCUUUCGGUCCGCGGGUGCAACCGACUCGGGAGCGCUUUGUCCGUCUACGGGAUGAGCAGAUUAGGCUCCAGUUUGUCCAUGAUUGACUACUUCAUCAUGGGCAUGAGCUGCUCGCUGCGGAAUUUCCUGCGCGCGUCCGACGCCUGCUCAGUGUACGGUAUGUACCGCAUGGGAUCGCAGAUGUCGACGCUGGACUGCAUGUACCUCGGUUCUAUGCUGUCCAUCCGCAACUGCAGCCGGCUGGGUUCCGCAUUGUCGUGCUACGGGAUCGCACGGUUAGGGUCCGGCUUGUCAGCCUUCGACUACUACCACCUGGGGUCGAUGCUGUCGCUUCGGUCGUUCCUGCGGAUCGGGUCCAGUUUGUCGAUCAACACACUGCACGAGCACUACAACAGCUUCGACUCCGCGUGCCACAUUUGCGGCGCGGCGCGCGUGAUGAGCAGUUUGUCGGUGCGGUCCUUCGUGCGGCUCGGGUCCAGUAUGAGUUGCUACGGGACGGCGCGGUUGGGCAGUGCGAUGUCGAUUUUGGAUUUCAUCGCCAUGUCCAGCUCGAUUUCCGUCCGGAACGCGGGCAGGUUAGGCAGUUCCAUGUCGGUGUACGGCGUGACGCGACUGAGUUCUUCAUGCUCCGUGCUCGACCAGGUCCAGAUUGGGAGUUCCCUGUCGCUCCGCGCUUUCCUGCGCAUGGGCAGCUCGCUUUCCGUGUACGGUUUCACGAAGAUCGGGAACGGGGGUUGCAGCAUGCUGGACAUGCUUUCCAUCGGAUCCAGUUUGUCGCUUCGCGGCUACGCGCGGUGCGGAAGUUCGCUGUCCAUUUACGGGCUGAGUUUCUUGAGCAGUUCCAUGUCGGUCCUCGGCAUGGUGACUGUUGGAAGUUCUCUGUCCCUCCGCAACUUCGCGCGCCUGGGAAGCAGUCAAUCACUCUACGGAAUCUGCCGCUUCAGCUCCAGCAUGUCAGUGUUGGAUACGAACCUGUUUGGCUCGGGGAUUUCCCUGCGGUCCUUCGCAAGGCUAGGGUCCGCGGCGUCCCUCUACGGGGUCAGCAGAUUCGGCGGCAGUAUGUCGGUCCUCGACUUCUUCACCGCCGGGUCGUCGCUCUCCCUGCGCAGUUACGCCCGCGUGGGCUCGCAAUUGUCGGUGGUCAAGAUCUUCAAAAACAGCGGGAACAACAGCGUGAUGGACUACGUCUUCAUGGGUUCCACGUGUUCCGUUCGCGGAUUCGCGAGACUAGGUGUUACCACAUCGGUCUAUGGCAUGUUCCGGUGCGGCAGCAGAUUUUCGAUCAUCGAUUAUCUGCAAGCGGGAUCGGCAUUGUCUCUGCGAAGCUUUUACCAGGGGGGAUCCGCUUUGUCGAUCUACAACCUGGUCAGGUUCGGAAGCCGCUGCUCCGUUUUGGACUUCUUCAAUCUCGCCGCCGCGCACAGCACCCGCAGGUUUGGCCGGUGCGGAAGCUCGUUGAGCAUCUACGGGAUGUUUCGCAUCGGCAGCUCGCUCUCGACGCUCGACUGCUUCCACAUGGGCAGCACGUUGUCCGUGCGCAACUAUGCGAGGUUGGGAUCCGCGCUGAGCAUUUUUGGAAUGACCAGGCUGGGAUCGCAGCUUUCCGUACUUGACGCGAUCUCCUUCGGCUCCUCCAUGUCGUUGCGGAACUUCCUGCGACUGGGCUCCAGCUUGAGUGUGUAUGGCAUCUCGCGCAUGAGCAGCUGCUGCUCCUUGCUGGAUGCGAUCAGCAUCGGCUCGGGCAUGUCGAUUCGGCACUUCGGGCGCCUCGGGAGCAGCUUGUCUGUCUACGGAGCGGCACGGUUUGGAUCUGGACUCUCUCUGCUGGACGCAUUUGCCCUCGGCUCGAGUUUGUCCUGCCGCACGUUUUUGCGUGUGGGCUCCGCAUUCUCGGUGUACGGAAUGUCGAGACUGGGUUCGCAGCUGUCCGUGCUGGAUCAGGUGCAGAUGGGAAGCUCCAUGAGCGUGCGAACCUUCGUUCGGAUCGGGUACGAGACCAGCAUCUAUGGCAUGUCUCGCAUGAUGUCACAAAUGAGCGUGUUGGAUUUCGUGCAAGUCGGGUCGGGCAUGAGUUUGCGACAGUGCGCCCGCUUGGGAUCCGCAACCUCCGUGUACGGGCUGUCUCGGUUCGGCAGCUGCCUGAGCAUUCUGGACUCGAUCAGUUUGUCGAGCAGCUUCUCCGCCCGAACGUUUUGCCGCUUGGGAAGUGCACUCAGCGUCUAUGGCACCAGCAGGAUGGGAAGCUGUUUGAGUCUGCUCGACUUUCUGCAGCUCGGAAGCGGCCUUUCCGUGCGAAACUUUGCCAGACUCGGGUCCAGCUGCAGCCUGUUUGGCAUCUGCAGAAUGAGCAGUUGCCUCUCUGUGCUGGAUUUCAUGAACAUGGGAAGCGGAUUGUCGGCGCGAAACUUCGCAAGACUCGGCAGCUCCAUGAGCGCGUACGGCAUUUCUCGCAUGGGAUCCUGUCUCUCCAUGCUGGACUUUCUGCACAUGGGGUCGAGCAUGAGUGUGCGAGCGUGGGCAAGGCUCGGAUCGAGCUGCAGCUUGUUCGGGAUGGCGAGGCUUGGCAGCUACAUGUCAGUCUUGGACUUCAUCACCUUCGGUUCCACGAUGUCGCUGCGGUGCGCCUGCAGGCUGGGUUCCGCGAUGUCCGUCUACGGCGUGGCAAGACUCGGGUCGUCCUUGUCCCACCUGGAUUUCUUCCACCUGGGUAGCGGCAUGAGUCUGCGAAACUUUGCGCGACUCGGAUCAUCGCUGUCACUGUACGGCAUGGCGAUUGGCGGGUCGGCCAUGAGCUUGCUGGAUUUCCUGCACAUCGGAAGCUCGCUGAGUAUCCGACAGCUCGGAAGAUUAGGAAGCUCGCUUUCGAUCUUCGGGAUCACGCACAUCGGAUCGCAGUGCAGCUUACUGGACUUCAUGAACAUCGGGAGCUGCAUGAGUGUACGCACGCUCGCACGACUCGGAUCUGGGUUGAGCGUUUACGGUCUGGGAAGGUUCGGCAGUUCUAUGUCGGUCCUCGACUACGUCUGCCUUUCCUCCAGCUUGUCGCUCCGAACGAUUGCGCGACUCGGCAGCUCGCAGUCCGUGUACGGUCUGGUGCGGAUCGGAAGCAGCAUUUCGCUGCUGGAUUUUUGCCACAUCGGCUCCAGCCUAUCGGCCCGGAUGUUCGCGCGACUUGGAUCUAGCCUGUCGAUUUACGGCUGCGCCCGCCUGGGGUCACGGAUUUCAAUCCUCGACUUCAUCACCUUCGGCAGCUCCGUCUCAGUGCGCAGCUUCGCCAGGAUGGGUUCCAGCUUAAGUUGUUACGGGAUCGCGCACCUGGGCAGCAACCUGUCUGUCCUUGACAGCAGCUUCCUCGGGAGUUCGUUUUCCGUCCGCAAUUUCGCGCGGUUCGGCUCUGCGUUGUCCGUUUACGGGUGCAGUAGGCUAAGCAGCUACAUGAGCGUGCUGGACAUUUUGCACAUCGGCAGCAAUCUUUCCGCUCGGGGCUACGCGCGGUUUGGUUCCUGCAUGAGCGUGUACGGCAUGGCAAGAUUCGCGAGUACCAUCUCGUGCCUGGACAUGUUGCACAUCGGCUCGGGCUUCAGCCUGCGAUCCUUCGUGAGGCUGGGUUCUGCGCUGUCUGUGUACGGAACCAGUAGGCUGGGAAGCAACCUGUCCGUGCUCGACUUCGUGUCCCUCGGCUCCGGCAUUUCGCUUCGCAACUUCGGCCGGUUAGGCAGCAGUCUUUCCGUGUUCGGGAUUGUGAAGAUGGGCAGCGCUUGCAGUUUGCUUGACGCGAUCCAACUGGGCUCCUGCGUCUCCAUGCGUUCCUUUGCCAGACUGGGAUCCAGCAUGUCGAUUUUUGGGCUCGGCCGGUUCGCGAGCAACUGCAGCAUCCUCGACUGCCUGCACGUGGGAUCCACAACCUCGAUCCGCUCAUUCGUCCGGCUCGGCAGCACUCUGUCCGUCUUUGCCAUGGCACGAUUGGGAACCUCGAUGAGCAUCUUGGACUUUGUACACUUGGGCUCCUGCUUGAGUGUGCGGAGCUUCAGCCGCUUCGGGUCCGCGCUGUCCGUCUACGGGAUCACGAAAAUUGGGAGUUCGUUUUCCGCACUCGACUUCGUGAACAUCGGUAGCAGCAUGUCGGUCCGCUGCCUGGCGCGGUUAGGGAGCACGCUCUCUGUCUUCGGUGUCUCCAUGAUCGGCAGUUCGCUCUCCGUCUUGGACACCAUGCUGCUGGGCUCCUCCCUCUCCUUCCGGUCCUACGUGCGUCUGUCUAGCACUUGCAGCGUGUACGGUUUCGCGAAGAUCGGCUCCGCCUUCUCGGUGCUCGAUUUCAUCACGUUCGGGUCGGCGCUGUCCCUUCGCUCCGUCGUGCGCCUCGGUAGCUCGGCCUCUGUCUACGGCAUAAGUCGACUGGGAUCGGCCAUGUCGGUGCUCGACAUUUUGCACCUCGGCAGUUCCCUGAGUUGCCGUUCCUUCGUGCGCUUCGGAAGUUCCGUCAGCUGCUUCGGGCUCGCCCGGUUCGGCUCGCAGAUGUCCGUUCUCGACUGGCUGCAGCUGGGAAGCUCUUUGUCCGUGCGGAAGUACGCGCGACUGGGAUCGACUGUCAGCGUCUACGGCAUGACCCGGUUCGGGUCCGGGGUCUCUGUCCUCGACAUGUUGCAGCUUUCCUCAUCGUUCUCUCUGCGCGCGUUCUCCCGGAUGGGAAGCUCGAUGUCCGUGUUCGGGAUGAGCAGAUUAGGCUCCAGUCUAUCCGUGCUUGACUUCAUGCACGUGUCGUCCAGCUUGAGUCUCCGCAGCUACUCGCGACUGGGCUCCAGCUUGUCCGUGUACGGGUGCUCGAGCUUCGGGUCCAGCCUCUCCCUCCUGGAUUUUAGCCAGUGCGGAUCCGCGGUGAGCCUGCGCACGAUCGGCAGACUCGGCAGUGCGCUCUCGGUCUACGGGAUGGCGAGAUUUGGCAGCGCUUUGUCGAUGCUGGACAACAUCAUGAUUGGCAGCAACAUCAGCGUCCGACACAUGGGCCGGCUUGGCAGCUCGCUCAGUAUUUUCGGCAUCGUCCGCAUGGCCUCGUGCUGCUCGAUGUUCGAUUUCGCGUGCGUCGGGUCCGCGUUCAGUGUCAGGCAGCUCGCGCGAUUGGGAUCUUCCCUGUCGGUCUACGGUGUAUCGAGGCUUGGCUCCUCGUUAUCCGUGCUGGAUUUUGUGUCCGUCACGUCCUCGAUCUCCGUCCGCAGCAUGUCCCGACUCGGAUCCUCCGUGUCCAUCUACGGGCUGCUCCGGUGCAUGAGCAGCAUGUCGCUCUUGGACGCGGCGAACAUCGGCUCCGCCGUGUCUAUUCGCACGUGCGCCCGGCUGGGUUCCGCUCUCAGCGUGUACGGCAUGUUGCGGCUGAGCAGUGCCAUGUCGGUCCUCGACGUGACACACAUCGGAAGCUCCAUCUCCGUUCGCACCUACGCCAGGUUAGGGUCAGCGCUAUCUCUCUACGGGAUGUCGCGGUUCGGCUCCAGCUUUUCCAUCUUGGACGCCGUCACGCUCAGCUCCACCCUAUCCGUGAGAAAUUUUGCGCGCUUCGGAUCUAGUUUGUCCGUCUACGGCAUGUGUUUGUGCUCGAGCUACCUCUCGGCGCUCGACUUCUUCCAUAUCGGCAGCUCGCUCUCGGUCCGGAACUUCUGCCGACUCGGAUCGUCGCUUUCCGUUUUUGGACUUGCAAGACUCGGGAGUAACUUGUCGAUGCUGGACAGCUGCCAGGUCGGGUCGGGAAUUUCCGUGCGGUAUUUCACCCGCUUCGGGUCCGCCUGCUCGAUUUACGGCAUGGUCCGCAUGGGGAGUCAAAUGUCGGUGUUGGACUUCACGACGUUCGGUAGCAGCGUCAGUGUGCGCUGUCUGGGGCGACUCGGGAGCGCGCUCUCGCUGUACGGUGUGAGCAAGUGCGGCAGCAUGCUGUCGUUGCUGGAUGCGGUCAGCCUCGGGUCGAGUCUGUCCGUUCGGGGCUUCGCGCGCUGCGGAUCGAGCAUGUCCGUGUUCGGUUUAG